AUGUCUUCGGCAUCAUCCUUAGAUUCUUUCGAUAAUUUCACCAGUACUUUUACUAAAACAUUUUCUCAUCAACCUUGCAUUGUUAUUGGAGUUACACAGUCCAAUUUACCACCAUCGCCAUGGUCUGGAAAAGAUAAUCUUAAUGCACAACUUUGUUGUCAACCUUUUUUUGAUCCGGAUUCUAAUGGUGGCCGAUACGAAAUAGCUUUUUAUGAUAAUGGUUACGCUUAUUAUGAAACAUUGGAGGGUUCGAGUCUUCAAGGCCGUCUUGAACGUAUGAAUCCUCAAAUGGAAUUUCGUGAUUUAAGAAAAGUUUUAGAAAAAAUGAAACAAAUAUUUGAACAAUCCGUUACUAAGAAAGCAGACAAUCAAAUUAGUGUACAAUUAAUUAAUGAUGAUUUACUACUAGUGGACAUCAAAGGUCUUAUAAAUGGUUCUAUACUUUUUAAAUAUAUGUUUAAAUGUUUACGACGUGAAGGUGAAUUUUACGAAACGAAUUAUGUUCGUCAAAUCGUCUAUUGUCUUGCUGAACGCAAAAGUCGUGAACUUGAAUUAAUAAAACUAAUUCAAGCUAAAGAUAAAGAACUCGACGAUUAUCGAUCUCAAGGUACAUGUCAAUUACAACGUGCGUGGCUUGCCACACAACCGUUCGAGAAAGAAGAAUUCGAUAAAUCAACCUCUCGACAAGUGCAACAACGGCAUGAUGAUGUGUUAAUGCAUACACUUGAUUUAGCAUUUGACCGCGAAGGACAACAAUUAAUUGAAGAAUGUUUACUAAGAAAUGAAUAUUUAAAACGUUCAAAAUCAUCGAAAGUCAGCAGUAAUAGUAGUGGUUCAUCAACAAAAAAAAAUGCUUCACCACAAAAACGAGCCUUAGUUAAAACUAAUUCUGGUUCAAGUCAAUCGUUGAAUGAUGAUGCAGUUGCUACUGAACGUCGUCGACAUGAAGAACUCGAAAAACAAUUAAAAUUAGCUAAAGAACGCGAUGAACAAAUAGCCAAAAAGAAAAAGAAAAAAUUCGUUUGA